AUGGCUCCCGCCUUCCUUAUCGUCGGGGCUACUGGCAACACUGGAAGAAGCCUCGUCGAAACCCUGUCAAAGAUUCUAGACACUUCAACCACCUUUUCUGGGUACAAUAUCCUCGCUCAAACGCGCUCCGCCAGUGGAGCUACAGCACAGCACCUCGCUCAAUUGCCCCAUGUCGAAGUCGUAGAGCAGAACUGGGUUGAGAUCACUUCCGCCUGGCUACGUGAACACAACGUUGUUAGGGCUUUCAUCGCAUCACACAACCAGCCUAAUCAAUUCGCUGAGGAGUCUACAUUCCACGUCGCUGCGCUUAAUGCAGGUGUCAAAUACGUCAUCCGAAUCUCAACCACGACCGCAAACGUACGCCCCGAUUGCCUAGCCUACUAUCCAAGGACGCACUGGGCAAUCGAGGCUCUGUUGAGCUCGCCGGAGUUUGAUCGUCUUAGUUGGACCUCUCUUCAGCCAAAUGGCUUCUCGCAGGUCUGCCUGGCGUCGGCGGCGGAGUUCAUCAAGGACUAUGGAAAAACUGGAAAGCAAGAUGCGUUGAGAUUAAUGGUAUCGGAGGAUGCGCCAAUUGGUAUGAUCGACUCGAAUGAUGUUGGCAUUUUUGCAGCUCACCUCCUCGCCACUGACGACAUUACUCCUCAUAAUAAGGCUAAAUAUGUCUUGAACGGACCCGAGGAUAUCACAGGACGCCAGAUUGUCAGUCUGGUUGAGGAAAUCAUUGGCACUAAAGUUGGGAAUGUCAAGUUCAAGGACAUGACUUUUGUUGAAGGAAUGUCUGCCCAGUCCCAAGAGUCCAAGAAUGUCAUUAUGUCGAUUCAGCAUGCGUUGGAACCGGCAUGGGAAGGGGAAUGCUCGGCUUCAACCACAAGCAAGGAGGUCCUACAGAUCGCAGCGCCAAAGCGCACGCCUGCAGAGGUUCUUGCGAUCCUGUUAGAGGAGUAG